CUAAAUUCACUCUCUCUGGAUACCCGUUCAUUCACACAAAAGCCUAGAUUUCGUUCCUUACAAACCCACCACAAAGCUCGCUUCCCCACACGAUUGCGAGAUUUUUUGUUGUUAAUUAUUCAACUACACAGGAAUACAAGACAAAAAAAGCCGAUUAAUUUAUUAGCACAGUACCUUGAUCGCCUUCUUCUGUCUCUGUUCUCUCUCUCUUUCAUGGCAUGACUCGUUCGUCUCGUGGAUGAGUUUGUUCUCUUCCUCUUCUCUAUUCAAAUUUAUGCUAACGUGGGCUUCCCGACACACGACCAUUUCCUUCAUUGGAUUUGAAGUUUUCCUUCCUCUGUUUUCCCCGUUGAGACCAGACUUUUUUUCUUGUUUUCUCCUCGUCGGUUGUAUCAUCAAUCAUGUCGAUCCUGAGCAAAUCCAACAGCAGCUCCGGCAUCUCCACCACCGGAGCGGCGGCGGCGCCGCCUGGUGGUGCUUCUUCCUUCCUGGAAUUCAAAAAGCAGGCUUCUUUCUUCUUCAGGGAGAAGAUCAAGACCGCUCGAUUGGCUCUCACCGACGUCACUCCUGCUCAACUGUUGACUGAAGAUGCUACUAGUGGGAAUCCAUGGGCUCCAGACACUCGUACACUGGGAUCCAUCUCCAGGGCUGCUUUUGAGCUCGAUGAUUACUGGAGAAUCGUGGAGAUUCUCCAUAAAAGAUUGUCCAGAUUUGAGAGAAAGAACUGGAGAGCGAGCUACCACUCCCUAAUUCUGCUGGAACAUUUGCUGACUCAUGGACCUGAGAGCGUGGCCAGGGAGUUUCAGGAAGACAGAAAUGCAAUCAAGGACACCCAAAGCUUUCAGUACAUUGACGAGAAAGGCUUCAAUUGGGGGCUGACGGUGAGGAAGAAAUCGGACAGGAUUCUGAAGCUGCUAGAGAGUGAAAUUUUCCUCAAGGAGGAGAGACAAAGAUCCAGAAAGCUAACCAGAGGGAUCCAAGGAUUCGGAAGCUUCUCCCAGAGAUCAACGUUGUCUUCUUCUUCCAAACAUGGCGUUCUCCAACAAUCUUCAUAUGGGAGAAGCCAUUCUCAGUACAACGAUCACGAUUCCGAGGAAAAUCAGAUUACAUGUGAAACCCGAGAAAGUUUGAUCCAAAAUAAGAUGAAUAAAGAUGUCAACUUUGAGAAUGACAGAGUUGGGGGGCAGAGGAACCUCAACCCCACUGGUAAGAAACUUGAAGCAAGAAGCUUCAAGGAGAAUAUGGCUCCUGAUGAAGAAGAAGUGGAUGAAGCGUGGGACGACUACAUUGGUGAAGUUAAUCCGCUUUUGGACAGCCGGAGAGAGGAAGUAGCCAGGGUUCCAGUAGAUGCAGAAGAAGAUCAUCCUUUCAGCAAUCGUAAUACUGAGUAUCAAACAGCUGCUGCUUCUCUCCUUUCAGCAAGAGAUGGAAUCCUGCAAGGAUGCUAA